CGCGGCUCGCUGAUGAUUAAACCAGGGAACAGAAUGCUCUUGCUGGGUGACCUCAGUCCCGGGCUCCGCAGCCAGGGGCUGGGAGGGCGUUUGUUAUUUUGCUCCACGCCUGGGCAGAGCUACGCCCCCUCACCUUGCCACUGGUGUAUUCCUUUUCGGGGGUGGAGUCUACAUCUCUCCCGCCCCUUCCCCCCGCCCCUUUCCGUAUAAAGCCGGCGCAGGCACCGGCCAGCAAGCUCCGGACCGGUGAGCGAGGUCAUCUGCGCGUGCGGGGGGCAAGCUAGUGUCCGGGGACUACAGCCUCCACGCCUCGAGCCCCGGGGUCGCGAGUUCGAGGCCAGGGUCCGCGUUGGUUGCAGGUUCGCGUCCCCGGCGCAAUGCUGUUCGAUAAAGUGAAGGCGUUCUUGGUGAAGCUGGAUGGCGCGAGCGCGGGCGCCGAGCCGGUGUUCAGCGGCGGCCAGGCGGUGGCCGGCCGGGUCCUGCUAAAGCUGACUGGCUCGGCGCGCGUGAGCGCCCUGAAGCUGCGUGCGCGGGGCCGCGCCCUCGUGCACUGGACCGAAUUACGCAGCGCGGGCCCCAGCACAGCGUACACGGAAAGCUACAGCGAGUGCGUGGAUGUCGUGAGCCACCGUGCCACGCUACUAGCGCCAGACAGAGGAGAGACUACGACGCUGCCUCCUGGGCGCCAUGAGUUCCCAUUCAGCUUCCAGCUGCCCCCGACCCUAGUCACCUCUUUUGAGGGCAAACACGUCAGUGUCCGAUACUGCAUCAAGGCCACCCUGCACCGCCCCUGGGUCCCUGCCUGCCAGGCAAGGAAGGUGUUUACUGUCAUUGAGCCGGUGGACAUCAACACACCUGCUCUGCUGGCCCCUCAGGCAGGAGCGCUGGAGAAGGUUGCCCGAUCAUGGUACAGUAACCGUGGCCUGGUCUCCCUCUCGGCCAAAAUCAACCGCAAGGGCAGGUACCAGGUGGGUGGGGCCGGUCGGGGAAAAGAGCCAGUUUCGGGGCUGCAGGUGGAGACACUGAGGCCACACUGCUGCCCACUGCAGGUCUGCGUGGACAUUCCGGGCACCUCUAAGCUGCUCUUAGAGCUGCCGCUGGUCAUCGGCACCAUUCCCCUGCACCCUUUGAGCAGGUGCUCCUCCAGCGUGGGCAGCCGUGCAAGCUUCCUGCUGGACUGGAGGCUGGGGGCUCUGUCAGAGCGGCCUGAGGGUGAGCUCUCCAUCCUGCUGCCAGGGGCCUCUCCCAAGUACUCAGAGGUGGUAGCAGAUGACGAGGUGGCAGUCAUGGGGCAGAGCCCUUUCCCGCUACCACAGGAUCCUGACUUGAUAUUCGAAGGCCCUUUCUUCGCCUACAUCCAGGAGUUCCACUCCUGCCCACCACCCUUGUACUCCGAGGAGGACCCAAACCCACCCUCAGAGGCCAUGAGACCACACUGCGUGACCUGCUGAGGGGCAAGCUGAUACCUCAAGGGAUGAGGCUACAUAUGUGCUUCCAGCCACCAUGGACACAAGGAGUGGCUGGAUCAAGAGCAGCCCAGGCUCCCUGCACUGAAGUUCGGGAAUAUUGGAACAGGACAGAGCUGUCCCAACAUCCGCUGCACAGGAAGAGCCAGACUGGUCCUCAUUAGGCAUCAGAUGGCCAGAGCAGGACCCAAGAGACUGUUCAACCUGUCUAUGCCUGGUGGGCAGAGCUGAUGUUCCCCAGGAACCUCCAGUCUGGGGGCAACAGAGCCACACAGAACUACUUCAGUUCUCAUGGGACCAGAAGAAGGGGUCGGGGGCUGGGAGAGUCCAAAAGGGGGAACACAGAAGACUUUCUGGGGGAAGGGCAUUUUAGCUGAGGCUUUGGCAUAUGAAUAAGAGCUUAGCAGGCAAGCGAGGAGCAAGAAGGCAGAGAAGGUCAGAGCUGAGUGAUGUUUGAAGACUGCCCCCCUUCAUCUUAGAACUGGGGCUCAGAGGACAAGUGCGCCAAACUACAAGGUCUGGCAGGUGACAUGGCCCAGGAUUGAGGCACUCAUGGAAGCAGGUCAUUGGAACUAUGUGGGGCCUAUGGGCGUCAGGAGCAAUAGCUCCAGCCUUUGAAGGCUUGGGAAGCCAGAGAUUCCGGGCCCAGGCUAGAACUGCCUGGGCUCCUCCAAGUACUACAGGACCUGAGACUUCCUGGGUAUUAUGUGGUGCUGAAAAUCUAGUUUCAAUGCAUGAUAAGACUGGCUAUAUAACUUGGAAAAAGAAAACGUAGGGCUCCUUGUUCAAAGAUUUUAAGAAUUUCAAGACAGUAACAACAGAACAUUCAGCCAGACCCCGGGGACAGAGGUCAGCUAGAGGUGACACAGGGCUGGUGAGCUUUUGGAGACCCCUGAGUCCCGGAGGGAUAAAGCAUGAGGGGCAGCUGGACAAGCCUCCCAACUGCACAGGCCCGGCCAUGGCUAGGCCAGGACCCCCGCAUGGGUCUCAGCAUUUCUGAUAAGCCUUGAAUUGUUAUCUUUCUGAGAACACAUUGUAAUGUACAAUUUUUUUUAAAAAUAAAAGUGUAGAACAAAUA